AACGGCCACGUCGUCCGCGCCCACCGCCUCGCUGUCGCUGCCGGGCUUUUCAAAAGGACGACGAGGGGGUAGGGGUAGCUCACCAGCGUUCACCAUUCCACCGGCCGUUUGUUUGCUCCAAGAACCCGGCAGCUCGUCAAAGUCUCCGGUGAUAUCCGUUCGUCGAGUUCGAGUCCACCAUGGCGGCCGCGGUGGCGAGAGCGAUCGUGUGCGAGGCGGCGCCGCAGAGGGCGGCGCCCCCGUCGCAGCAGAAGCAGCAGACGAGGCGGGACAAGAUCGUGCUCCAGCCCCGCCUGUCGACGCUCCGGUCGUACGGCGCCGACGGCAGCAGCGCGGUGACGCGGAAGCGGCUGCCGGGCGAGGCCCUGGAGGAGGGAGGCGUCGGGGGCGCGCCGCCCUUCUUCGCGUCGCUCGCCGACUACAUCGAGAGCUCCCGCAAGAGCCAGGACUUCGAGACCAUCUCCGGCCGCCUCGCCAUGGUGGCGUUCGCGGCGGCGGUGGCGGUGGAGGCGACGACGGGGGACUCGCUGUUCAAGAAGCUGGACACGGUGCAGAUCGAGGAGGCGACGGGGCUGUGCCUGGCCGUGGUGGCCUCGGCGGCCACCUUCGCGUGGGUCUCCAGCGCGCGCGACCGGAUCGGGCAGAUGCUCACCCUCGGCUGCAACUCCUUCGUGGACGGGCUCAUCGACAACGUCGUGGACGUGCUCUUCUCCGACGACCAGAUGCAGGACUGGUCCGACGACGCCUGAGCGCACAGAUGCAGAUGCACCACGUACACGUGUAGAUACGAUACGGCUACUAGACACAGACGCUGCGUGCGCAUGAUGAUAGUAUAGAGCCCAGUUCUUUUGCAGGAUUCUCCGAGAAUCUGCCCCUCCCUAGCUUCUGCUAGAAUCUUUGACCCCUUUUGUUUUAUAAUCCUACCUAAUUAGACCCUAACUAGAUAGGAUUGUAAAACAAAUGGGGCUCAAAGAUUCCGGAAGAAUCUGGGUAGGGUUCAGAUUCUGGAAGAAUCUGGCAAAAGAACUGGGCGUAGAACUAAUACUACUAGAGAAGUCGUAGCGUUGUUAUGAGAGACUUUGCAUUUCCAAGUUCCAUCGCUGCUGCAAGUGGUUCCUUAUUUCUUCGUUCAGAGAUGAUGGAUGCCAUGGCUAUGGUACAGAGCUCUGUUCAUCUGGAGUUUCUUUGCCUUUGAGGGUUUUCUGUGAUUGCAGCGUUGUAAUCUGCUCUGCAUAUGAUGGAGCAGUACUACCUUAAGUUUUAAUUAACUGUACCUAGAGUACUGAUACUGUAAAACUAGAACCAUGUACUCUCUCUGCCUUCUUGGGAGUAUGUUACAUGUAUAAGAAAUCAUCUAGUAUUA